AUGUCGACCGAGGCCGCCGCUCGCAUCUUCUUCUCUUCUCCUCUGUUCGCCGUGGUCGGCGCCAGCUCCAAUCCGGCCAAGUUUGGUCACAAGAUCUUUGCCUGGUAUCACGCUCAGUCCAUCUCCGCCACGCCUGUCAACCCCACCGCCGCUACCGUCACGGCGCUCGGCCAGGAGCAUGCCGCCGUGCCCAACCUCUCGGCGUUGCCCAAGCCCAAGGAGACUUCGGUGUCCAUCAUCACCCCGCCUGCCGCGACGCUCAAGGUCCUCAAGGAGGCCCGCGAGCUGGGCAUCCCCGCCGUCUGGCUGCAGCCUGGCAGUUUCGACGACGCCGUCAUUGCGUAUGCGCGCGAGGAGGGGGCCUUUAACGCCGUCGUUGCGGGGGAUGGUGGACGUGGCCAUGAAGGAUGGUGUGUGCUCGUUGACGGCGAACGGGCUUUGAAAGCGGCCGGUAAACUAUGA